AUGCUUUUUUUUUUCUUCCUUGCUUCUUUUCCCCGGCUUUGCUUUCUUCCUUCGCUAAGUAUCGCGACCGUACUUCUCCGCGAAAAAUUCAUCUCAUCGUCUCAUUGCAAAAUGGUUUCCUUUUCGUGUGAAGUGUGCAACGACACUGUGAUUAAGAAGAAGUUGGAUCAGCAUAAACAAAGAUGCCACGGAGCAUACUUUACGUGCAUUGACUGUUCCACAACAUUCAGCGGCAACGACUACAAAAGUCACACCCAAUGUAUUUCCGAGGCUGAGAAGUAUGAAAAGGCCUUGUACAAGGGAAAGAAGGGAAAGCAAGCCAAACAAGAGGUAGCUAAGCCACAACAAAAGGAGGAACAGAAGGAGCCAAAGAAGGAGACGGAGGCUAAGGAGGAGAAGAAGGAGAAAAAGCAGAAGGAUAAGAAGAAGGACAAGAUCGACUUGUCAAAAUACGGUACUGGCUCUUUGUACAAAAUUGUGAAGAGCAUCGCCAAAGACUCGAAAAAGGACAAGAAAGAGGUGUUGCAAAACUUAAAGGUGAAGGAAGAGAACGGACAGCUCGUUCUCACAUUGUAA